GGGACUCUUUAUUUUCAUAAGAUUUUUUUUUCAUGUGAGGCGGGAGAGCGUCAACGCUGUUUAACGAGGGGAAUCCAGCCCGUAUAUUUAUUGUAGCCGCUGAAAAAAAUCUCUUCAAUAUCCCCCAAGAUGGCCGCCGAUGUGGGAUCGAUGUUUCAAUAUUGGAAGAAAUUUGAUCUACGGCGGCUUCAGAGGGAGCUGAACUCGGUGGCGUCUCAGCUGGCAGGUCGACAGGAAGAGAGUGACCACUCACACAGACACCUGCUGGAGCUCAGCCGCGAGUUCAAGAAAAAUGUCCCAGAGGAAGUGCGGGAGCUGGUCGCACCAGUCCUCAAGAGUUUCCAGGCCCAGGUGGUAGCCCUGAGCCAGCGCAGUAAGGAGGCCGAGGCGGCGUUCCUGGGAGUCUACAAACAGCUGAUCGAGGCCCCAGACCCCGCUCCCGUGCUGGAGGCGUCACACACACUUGAGGAGAGGUUGCAGCAGCUGCAGAACUCCGCCCCCCACAGCUCAGAGCUGAGAGAAAUCUCCACCCACUGGAAGACACACCUGGAGUGCCUUAACAACUCAGUCCACACAGAGGACAGUCCCGGCGCGCUGGCGGAGGAAGGUUCCGGGGCUGCGUCCGCAGCAGAGGCGUCUGGCCGGCCGUCCAGCACUAUGACCCCCAACAGCACACUCAACGCCAAGAGCUGCAGCUCCCCGCAACAGAAUCACCACCACCAGGCAGACGGAUCCUCAGAGGAGUCCGACUCCACUCUCUCCACCCGGCUGGGGGACGCUGAGGGCAAGAUUUGCACCCUGCAGACAUCUCUGACCACAGCCCAGUCAGAACUCCUGGAUCUGCAGAGGAAAUAUGAAGAGGAGAUGACUGCUAAGGCGGAAGAAAUUGGCUUGCUGGUCUCAAACCUGGAAAAAGCCAACCAGAGAGCAGAGAUAGCUCAGAGGGAAGUGGAGAGGUUAAAGGAACAGCUGACCAACUCUCAGACCACCAGCUGCCCAACACAGGACACCAAGGGAAAGGAGAGGGGGGAGAAGGAUGAGUGUUCUGCGUCCCCGCUGGAGGUGGCUCUCUUUGCUAAGGACAGAGAAAUCCUCCGACUGCUGGAGAACGUCCAGAGGCUUCAGUUCACUCUACAGGAAGUCCAGGACGCAUCGGCCAAUCAGGUCGCAGAGCUGGAGCGCCAGCUGGCCUACAAGACAGAAGCUAUAGAGAGAUUAGAAGCCAAGCUGCAGAUUCGGAGGGACUACGAAGAGAUUAAAACUGAGCUCAGCAUCCUGAAAGCGAUGAAACUGGCAUCAGCAAAUGGCAGCUUAAACCAGGAGUCUGCUAAGGCUGCAGAAGCACUACUUCUAGACAAAGAGGCCUUCCUGCCCUCUCAUAAGUAUCUGAUGGACAAAGCCAGAGUGUUACACACCAAUGCAGUAGAUGAGGACCAAUCAGAGGAGUCUGCAAACGACCUGAGCCGGCCCCCCGGGUCUUACUCCUCCCCCCAAAGGCCGCUAUUGGGUGACGGCUGCUCCUCCUCCAGCCCAGCCCCGCCCCCCGUGGACGGAAACUCCUCGUCCUCCUCCUCGGCCCACGACCUCUCGCGACCUUUCUCCGUGUCUCCGUUCUCCGGCGAGCAGCUUCUGCAGCGCCAGCUGCUGUCUCCGCUCCUGAAGAAAGAUGGUGGCGGUGCCGCCUCCAUCGCGCCCACACACACACCCUCACACACACACACACACACACCCCUCAUGGCCUUCCCCUCUGCCCUCUACGCCGCUAAAGCCGCCCUCAUGUCUGCAGCCAAUCAGGCGUCAGCGGGGGCGGGGGCAGGGGCAGGGACGGGUGAGACGGGCAUGCCCAGCGACCAAUCAGAGAGCGGGGGCUCGAGUGUGGGCGGGAACGAGGAUGACCAGCUGGAGACGUCAGAGAUCGCCUACCAGGUGAAGGAGCAACUUCUGAAGCACAACAUUGGGCAGCGCGUGUUCGGACACUACGUGCUGGGCCUGUCGCAGGGGUCGGUCAGCGAGAUCCUGGCCCGGCCCAAACCCUGGAGGAAGCUGACCGUCAAGGGCAAGGAGCCCUUCAUCAAGAUGAAGCACUUCCUGUCUGACGAGCAGAACAUCCUGGCGCUGAGGACCAUCCAGGUCCGGCAGAGAGGGAGUAUCACUCCUCGUAUCCGAACUCCUGAAACUGGGUCAGACGAGGCCAUCAAGAACAUUCUAGAACAGGCCAAGAAGGAGAUCCAGUCUCAAAGAGGAGGUGACGGUAAGCUGACCGGUGGCUCGUCCGGCCGCAGCAGUGGUGGCGGUGGCAGUAGCGGCGGCUCUGACGAGACCAUCAAGGGCAUCCUGGAGCAGGCGCGGCGCGAGAUGCAGGCGCAGCAGCAGGCACUGCUGGAGAUGGAGGCCUGCGGACGCACCUCCUCCUCCUCCUCCUCCUCCUCCUCCGCUGCGGAGCGACUUGGACUGGGCCUCCAGGACGCCGCCAAGGCCCUGCAGGGCCCGGGGCCCGCCUACGUGAAGCAGGAGGAGGGUGGCAUGGUGCCAGUGUGCGUGGGCGCCGGCGGCAUCGGCUGCCCGCAGACCCCGCUGAGUGUGCUGUCGCCCGCCGCCUUCGUGCAGAACAUCAUCCAUAAAGGUCAGAGUCGGAGGUCGGCGGAGGCGGGGCGUGCCGACCAGCACUGGUCAGCCCGGCGAGGAGUGGUGGGGAUCAUGGGGGCCAUCUCGCGACCUUUCACCUCCGCGUCACCCGCCGUGUCCUCCUCCUCGUCCUCUGGCCACGCCCCCGUGCCCCGCCCUUGGCCUCGCUCGGAGAACGGCGAAGGCCCGCCCACGGGCGACGACACGUCCGGAGCGGAGGAGGAAGUGGGGGGAGGAGGAGUCCAGGUGGGGGCGGGGCCGCCAGGGGGCCGUCCCGUGGAGGUGAAGGUGGAGCCGGAGGCGUCAGCGGGCGGCGGCGGCGAGGGCUCGUGUCCGAGCCGCGUGCCGUACUACCCGGCGUACAUCCCGCGCACCCUCAAGCCCACGGUCCCGCCACUCACCCCCGAGCAGUACGAGAUGUACAUGUACCGCGAGGUGGACACCAUCGAGCUCACGCGACAGGUCAAGGAGAAGCUGGCCAAGAACGGCAUCUGCCAGCGCAUCUUCGGAGAGAAGGUCCUGGGUCUGUCUCAGGGUAGUGUGAGUGACAUGCUGUCCCGUCCCAAGCCGUGGAGUAAGCUGACCCAGAAGGGUCGCGAGCCCUUCAUCCGCAUGCAGCUGUGGCUGCUGGACCAGCUGGGACAGGGCCUGAGUCAGCUGCCCAACCACACCAACACACAGGAUAAGAGCCCGGUCAUGUCCCAGUCGUCCCCCUCGCCUCCCCCCAGCCCCGAGGAGACCCCCUCCAGCCUGGCCCACCCUAGCGAGCCCAUCAGCCUGGCUCUGGAGAGCAGCAAGGAGAACCAGCAUCCCCACCCGCACCCCCACGGCCACGCCGACCCCCCAGGGGGCAAGAGCACUCCCGGGCUGCAGCUCCUGCCACCCCCCCACACGCCGCUGGGCAUCCAGGAGCUGGUGGCCAUGUCCCCUGAGCUGGACACAUACGCCAUCACCAAACGCGUCAAGGAGGUGCUCACCGACAACAACCUGGGCCAGCGUCUGUUUGGCGAGACCAUCCUGGGCCUGACCCAGGGCUCCGUGUCUGACCUGCUGUCCCGUCCAAAGCCGUGGCACAAGCUGAGCCUGAAGGGCCGCGAGCCGUUCAUCCGCAUGCAGCUGUGGCUCAACGACCCGCACAACGUGGAGAAGCUCCGAGACAUGAAGAAACUGGAGAAAGAAAAGGUGUCCUACCUGAAGCGGCGUUACGGCCUGUUGAGCCCCGGCUCGGACAGUGACUCCCCUGGGACGCGUUCGGACUGCGUGAGCCCCGGGCUGGGCGCUCUGGAUCUGUGCCCGUUCACGCAGCAGGCCAAGCCUUGUAGCGUGGUGCUAGCGGCGAGGAGAAAGGCUCAUAGGGGCCCACACCCAGAGCCCUACCCCUCCCAGCACACCAUCGAGAUGCUCGCCGCACAGCUCAACCUCAAGACCAACACCGUCAUCAACUGGUUCCACAACUACAGGUCCCGGAUGCGGCGUGAGGUUCUCAUGGAGGGCCCUCAGGACAACGACACGGACGCCGAGCCCACCCCCUACUCCCCCCUGCCCUCCCGCAGCCCCGUAUCCGACGGCGACGACAGGAAGCUGCCGCCCCACGUCCGCCCCCUCAGCGCCUCCGUUCGACACCUCCCCCUCCCCGUCAAGCAGGAUGCCGGAGACCCCGAGCUGGACGCUCCAGGGGUGGGGGACGCCACCGGCCGGCUGCCCAGGAUCAAGCACUUCCCACUGGGCUUGUCCUUCCCGCCGUUGAAGGCCGAGCGCGAUGAGCUAGCGCUAACGCUAACCGGAGCUCCACACCGUCCCCAGAGCGUGAGGGAGGACGAGGCCAGCAGCAGCCAGGGCCAGGGCCUCUUCUCUGGGGCUCUGGGCAUGGAGGGCUCCCUGAGGCCCAGCGUGAGUCCGCAUGAAGGAGGGGAGGAUGCCGAGAAGUCGCCCGUGGACCCCGUGAGCUUCAAGGCCUCAUCGGAGCCAUGUCGCAGCAGCCUGGAGGUGUCGCUCAACUCCCCCUCCGCCGCCUCUUCCCCAGGGCUCAUGCUGUCCGUCUCCCCUGUCCCCUCCUCGUCCGCCCCCAUCUCGCCGUCCAGCCACGGCACAGACGCCCCCUCUGCACCCGGCUACGGCCUGGACCCCCCCCCUGCACAGCCUGGCUCUCAGCAAGAGGCACGAGAGAGCAUGAAGAAGAUGGCCAAUCUGAACAACAUCAUCCACCGGCUGGAGAGGGCUGCCAACCGUGAGGAGAGCCUGGAGUGGGAGUUCUAGAACAUAACCUUCUCUCUCUCUCUCCCUCUGAUUGUGUGUGUGUGUGUGUGUGUGUGUGUGUGUGUGUGUGUGUGUGAGUCAGAACCCUUGCACAUGGUUCACCCCGAGACUCUGAAAGA